UCUGUGUAUUCAUAUGUGUGUUGGAAGCAAAUUUUGUUAAGUGUCAUGCAUUAUAUUACAAUAUUUGCAUUAUUUAGUAUUGCAUUUUGCGUAAAUGCAGCUAAUAUUAAAGAUGUUCUUAAAAGUGAUAAUAAACUUUCUUUUGCAUCAAAACCUCGUUUUAAAAUAACAACUUCUUCACCGUCGAGAAUUAAGUUAUCAGAAACUCCUGAAUGUACGGAUGACAUCAGACAUCUAUGUCCUACCAGUAUUUUAAAUAAUAAUUUUGCUGUUCUUGACUGUCUGCAGAAUGAUAAGCAACGAGAGGAUGCAAAUUUAUCUCCACAGUGCCAUCAUUUGAUCUGGACUUUUAAAAGGAACCUCACUGUUGACAAUAGAUUUGUUACAACUGCCAAACAUAUGUGCAAGAAGUUUUUAGAAACUCAAAAAGAGUGUGUUCCUUUAGAAAAUGAAAGAGGUCAGAUGCUUUCUUGUCUCAUGGAUUUUGCAGAAAAUGCUACCGAACCAGAAUGUAGAUCAUUUUUAAAGAAAAUGGAAGCCAUAAUAUUUAGUGAUUAUCGUUUAAUUUAUAAAUUUACGGAAGAAUGUAGGUCAGAUAUUGAUCAGUUUCAAUGUGGACGAUUGGAUAUGGAUUCUGAGGAUCCUCAUUCUCAAGGAGAAACUAUCGAGUGUCUGUCAAAGCAGACUGAAAAGUUAACUCCUCAAUGUCGUCAUGAGAUUCUUCGUAUAGCCGAGCUUCAAGGCGAUGACUUCCAUUUAGAUAGACCUUUAUUUUUUGCCUGUCGAGAAGAUAGGGAAAGGUUUUGUGAGAAAAUUGAAGCAGGGGAAGGACGAGUUUAUAGAUGUUUAAUGAGACAUAAAAUGGAAAGAGAUAUGAGCCAAGAGUGCCGUGAAAAGCUAUUUCAAAGAGAAAGGCUGGUGGUUCAUGAUUAUAAAAUAAACCGGGGUCUUGCUAAAGCUUGUAGGGAAAAUAUUAAAAUCUAUCAUUGUAGAGAUCAAACUUCCGAUAGAAGAGAAAUUCGAUUAGCACAAAUAUUACUUUGUUUAGAAAAUGCUUUGCACAAAGGUUAUCCUGUUGCUGGUGAAUGCCAAGCUGAAAUGCUAGAACAUCGACAGACCCUCAUGGAAAAUUAUCAGCUCACUCCAGAGUUAGCAGCUGCCUGUGAGAAAGAUGUGCAGCACUUUUGUGGAAGAAGAUUAGAAUUAGGAGGAAAGACAUUGCAUUGUCUAAUGGAUCAUGCCAAACCUUCUCGUCUUGAUGGAGGCCGCAUUUCUGAUUCAUGUCGUCGAGAGUUGGAAUCCUUGCUGAAACAGAGUGAUGUUGGUGAAGAUUGGAGAGUUGAUCCAGUUUUACAAGAAGCUUGCCAACCUGUAGUUGAUGCAGUUUGUUCCCGAGAGAAGCCUGGUGAAGGAAGAGUUAUGUCUUGUUUGAUGAAACACUUUGAUUCAAAUCAUAUGACUGAAGACUGCAAAGAAAAAUUGCUUCAAAUUCAAUAUUUUGUUGCCAGAGAUUUCAAAUUAGAUCCUGUAUUGUACAAACGCUGUCGUAAAGAAGCUGAAACUUAUUGCCAUGCCAAAAAAGAAUGGUAUGACAAGCCUUCCAGAAUGGAUCCUGAGAGGGGCCCUAUAGUCUUACCUUGUCUAUAUCGAUAUGCUUAUCAUCCUGAUAAAAAUGUUCAGUUAUCAAGAGAAUGCUUGUAUGAAGUGAGACGGGUCAUGCGACAACGUGCUGUUAGUGUAGAUCUCCUUCCUGAAAUUGAAGAACCUUGCUUAUUAGAUCUUACAAAAUUUUGUAAUGAAAAUGUUGAAAAGGGUGAGGAAAUGGUGUGUCUUCAAAAGAAUUUAAAAGAUCUGUCCCCAGAAUGUCAGAAAGCAGUUUCAAAUUUUACUGAAGAAGAAUCGGAACAUCUGGAAUUGAAUUAUCCUCUUUUCUUCUCUUGCAGUACUAUUUUGCAUAAGCAUUGCAAUGAUCUAUUGGCUAAAGAUGUGGACCAAGGGGAUUUAAUCCAGUGUUUGAUCCUUCAUAAGAAUGAACCAGAGAUGAAAAUGAAUCCUAAAUGCAGAAUUUCUGUAGAACAUUUCCAAUUGAUAUCCUUAAAAAAUUAUAAAUUUAGUUACAAAUUUAAAGAAGCUUGCAAAAAGGAUGUCCUGCAUUUAUGUAAAAAUGUCAAAACAAAGCCAGAAGUUAUUAGUUGUUUGAGUGGAAUAGUAACAAAUGAUACUGUUUUUGAAAAGACUCAUAGAGUAUCUAGAGAGUGUAGACAGCAAUUGAAAUUUGAACUGUUUGAAAGAGAAGAAAACAUUAAACUUGACCCAGUAUUAAAUUCUGCUUGUGCUGAUGAUCAAAAGAAAUUUUGCUUCAAUGUUAGACAUGAAGAAGCUCAAGUAAGUAUGUUAGAAUGUCUCAAAAAUCACCAGAAGGAUUUGUCAUCAUCAUGCCAUAAAAUUAUUUUUAAUCGAGAGAAAGAAGAAAUGAUUGACAAUUCUAUAGAUUAUGCUCUGAUAUCUACAUGCAAACCGAUGAUAAAGAAGUUUUGUUCCGACACAGAAAUGACACAAAUUUUGGAAUGCUUGAAAGAAAAACGUGAUGAUAACGGAAUGGAGCGAACUUGUAGAAAGAUCAUUCUUAAAAGGAUGGUGGAACAACAUUCUGAUUACAGACUCAAUCCAAGACUGAAACAGGCUUGUAUUAGAGACAUCCCUAAAUUUUGCUCUUCAGUUAUUGCUGAAAAUAAAGAUGCAACAGAAUUUGAAGGAAAGGUAACUGGUUGUUUAAAACAGCAAUAUCGCAAAAAUAAGAGACUUUCUCGGUUAUGUGAAAAUGAAAUUGUGCGCUUAAUGCGAGAUGUUGCCCAAGAUUAUAAUUUAGAUCCACAGCUGGUACAUGCUUGUUCCACAGAGGUUCAGCAGAAAUGCGCUGAUGAACCAAAUAUUGAAGAAUGUUUGAAAAUAAAGUUUCAGAAAAAGGAACUGGAAAAUAGUGACUGCCGUAGAGAAGUGGCACGGCUAAUAUUUGAAGGAAAAGCUGAUAUACAGUCUGAUCCUCUACUUUAUAGAAUAUGUGUGACUGACAUAAAACAUUUUUGUAGUGACAUUCCAGCUGGUCACGGAAGACAGCUGUCAUGUCUUUUAACAAUUUUGGAAGGAGAUACACCAUCUGCAUCUUUAUCAGAAGAAUGUCGAACAAUGCUAUCUAAACGAGUAGAAAUGUUUGAAUAUGCUGCACAAGUUGCUCCUGCUGAAACUGUAGAGGAGCUUAUUCGCCAAGUUGCUAAUUCCCCAUCAAGGAAUUACUUCAUUGUGGUUAUUUUAGGCUGCCUCACUGGCAUUUUUAUUGGUGGCCUCUUCUGUGGAAGAGUAACGAAAAGAGUGCCCAUAUCCAUGAAAAAUAAAUGAAUUAUAUGAACUAGAUGAAUUUUUUAAAAAUGAAAACACCUUUUCAAAAUGGUAUUGUACAGCAUAAUACUGUGUGGAAGUCCUAGUUAAAAUUUUAUGUAUUUUUCAAUUUUAUUUUUAAACAAAAUAUUAUUAAAGUCAACAAAACAGCUUUCGUGAAAAAGUGCAACCAAACCAUUGAACUGCCAUGAAUGAUUUUUGUAAAUACGUUAACUCAUGUAUAUAUUGGAAAGAAUAUGUGUUAUGCGCUUGUGCAAUUAUGUUUUGGACACUAAGGAUAAAUAGCUUAAGUUCUAUUGUUAAUUCUCCUGUCUACUACCAAAGAGGUGUUAUUUCUCUCUCUUUGUUUUCAAAUUAGAUGUUGUAGAUAUUAUUUCAAUCUGAAAGGCUUUGAUCUUUAGAAAUAAGUUUCUUUUAAGCUGACAUUUUGUAAGUUCAGUCAAUAAAUUUGAUAGAGUAGCUUUCUUAUUCAAAAGACAUUAAAAAGUGUCAAUUGUUAGUUAUGUCAUGUUCACAAUCGCCAACUCAUUUUCCAACAUUUAUAUCUUUUUUAAUAGAUAUAUUAUUUAGAUAAUCAUCUUAAAAUUCAUUUAUUCCCUUUACUUAAAAGUGACUAAGACUGCUACAUAAAUUUACAAACUUUCAAUUGAAUAUUUAUUUUCUAUUGCUGCUUAUUUUCUAUUUAAUUUUUAAGCAAUACUUAUUUAUGAGACUGAAU